UAGUGGAAAUGCACGCCUAGCUCCAAUAGUGAAAGCUUUGCAUUAACGUUUCCUAUUUAAUUACAUUCUGUUUUGUCUUAUAUUUAGUUGCUACCGAGAAGAACUACCCCUUACGAUACCCCAAAGCUGAUGCUCCUGAUGCAGAGUUGGCGCCGUUUUUCCCCAUUCCGUCGACUGGUCAAGCAGUGCAGCCCGCAACGUUCCUAUGUCACCUGUUCUCUAGUUCUGCGUAAGGACUCCUCAAUGGAUUUCAAAACAUCCACUGCGUUACCCACCACUACUAAACCCCUCAUGCAGUCAGCUCCGCUUUUGACACCUGAGGAGCUUGAUAAAAUUAUUCGCUUAAUUGAGAACGAUCCUCGAAUUCUGAUAGAAGUGGUUGCUAACUUGGAGCCUGAGAACCGUCGCCGCCUAAUUGUGACUGGUGGAGCGAUGGAAUGGUUCGGCAAGGAAAGCGCCGCGUCCGAGCUUGAAAAGGCCGAUACUGACAAGGAUCGUCUCAUAUCCCCAAAAGAUUUUGAUAACUGGUUUGAAAGCGCCCUAAAGCGAAAUCAAGAGGGAAAAAAACGUGCGGAGGCAUCGGUAGCGGCCAUCCACACCGACAGUACAUCUACGCCAGCCUCCGGUUUGUCUGAAACUCGUUCCUUGGAGGGAAACCCCGCGGAAGAGUCGGAUCUUUCUCUUAAGAUUCUGGCGCUGAUUGCCAUAGGGGCUGGCUUGCCUUUUGUUGGGUUUGGUUUUCUGGAUAAUGUAGUUAUGAUUCUGGCUGGAGACUUCAUCGAUGGCACUCUCGGUUUUUAUCUUAACUGCUCCGUGAUGGCCUCAGCCGCCAUGGGAAACGUGUGCUCAGGUAUGCUGAGCAUGCAGGUCCACGGGCUUAUCGAGAAGGCAGUGCAAUGUUUCAACUUUAAAACUCCGUUGUUGACUAAAAAGCAAAUGAAGGAUCGACGUGUGUUUCUUUCUGGGCACAUUGGUGGAACGCUAGGCAUUCUGAUUGGACUUUCCCUAGGCAUGCUUCCGCUUCUUUUCCUGGACAUCGACACCACUGAGAAAUCUGAUUACGCCAUGUUCCAACGUUGGGAUGUAAAUAAACGCGGGUUUAUAGAGGUUUCUGAAAUUAAGAACAUGCUUUCCGAGUUAAACCUGGCGGAGACUGAAGAGAAGGCAUGCAUGCUUAUUGAAAAGUAUGGUAAGGAUAACAGAAUGAAUUUUGAGCAGUUCAAUCAUUUCAGAAAAGAUUUACGCGAUGGGAAGCCUAUUUUUGGUUUCUUCGACAAUUAG